GUGCCGGCUGCACUCGCGGGAUCCGUGACGGUUCAGGCAACAGAGCUGACCAAGCAGGCGUUGGCUGCGGACAUGACGCCGGAGGACCAGGAGGAGACACAGCCGCUCCUGGGGCCGCCCGGCGGCAGCGCUCCCCUCAGCCGCCGGGUCUUCCUCGCCGCCUUCGCCGCCGCCCUGGGCCCGCUCAGCUUCGGGUUCGCGCUCGGCUACAGCUCCCCGGCCAUCCCGAGUCUGCGCCGCGCCGCGUCCCCAGCCCUGCGCCUCGAUGACGACGCCGCCUCCUGGUUCGGGGCCAUCGUGACCCUGGGAGCCGCGGCUGGGGGCGUGCUGGGCGGCUGGCUCGUGGACCGCGCCGGGCGCAAGCUGACCCUGCUGCUCUGCACCGUGCCCUUCGUGGUCGGCUUUGCAGUCAUCACCGCGGCCCAGAACGUGUGGAUGCUGCUCGGGGGCCGCCUCCUAACCGGCCUGGCCUGCGGUAUUGCCUCGCUCGUAGCCCCGGUAUAUAUCUCUGAAAUCUCCUACCCCUCAGUGAGGGGGCUGCUGGGCUCCUGUGUGCAACUGAUGGUCGUCAUAGGCAUCCUCCUGGCCUACCUGGCAGGCUGGGUCCUGGAGUGGCGCUGGCUGGCUGUCCUGGGCUGCGUGCCUGCGUCCUUCAUGAUGCUGCUCAUGUGCUACAUGCCCGAGACCCCGCGCUUCCUGCUGACCCAGCAGAGGCGCCAGGAAGCCACGGCCGCUAUGCAGUUCCUGUGGGGCUCUGAACAGGUCUGGGAGGAGCCCCCUGUCGGGGCUGAACACCAGGGCUUCCACCUGGCCCAGCUGAGGCAUCCUGGCAUCUACAAGCCCUUCAUCAUUGGCAUAUCGCUGAUGGCCUUCCAGCAGCUGUCAGGGAUCAAUGCUGUCAUGUUCUAUGCAGAGACCAUCUUUGAGGAGGCCAAGUUCAAGGACAGCAGCCUCGCCUCGGUCAUCGUGGGUGUCAUCCAGGUGCUGUUCACGGCCAUGGCGGCCCUCAUCAUGGACAGAGCUGGGCGGAGGCUGCUCCUGACCUUGUCAGGUGUGGUCAUGGUGUUCAGCACCAGUGCCUUUGGCGCCUACUUCAAGCUGACCCAGGGCGGCCCCAGCAACUCCUCACAUGUGGACCUCUUGACGCCUCUCUCCACGGAGCCCGCCAGCGCCAGCGUGGGGCUGGCCUGGUUGGCAGUGGGCAGCAUGUGCCUCUUCAUUGCCGGCUUCGCUUUGGGCUGGGGGCCCAUCCCCUGGCUCCUCAUGUCUGAGAUCUUUCCUCUGCACGUCAAGGGCAUGGCCACUGGUGUGUGCGUCCUCACUAACUGGUUCAUGGCCUUCCUGGUGACAAAGGAGUUCAGCAGUGUCAUGGAGGUGCUCAGGCCCUACGGAGCCUUCUGGCUUGCCUCCGCCUUCUGCAUCUUCAGUGUCUUUUUCACUUUGUCCUGUGUCCCGGAAACCAAAGGACAGACUUUGGAGCAAAUCACAGCCCAUUUUGAGGGGCGGUGACAACCCCCUCUCGGAGCUGGAGUCCAGGACCGCAGCCCCUUGGAGCCUUGUCCUCCAGGGCCCUUCCUUCCUACCGGGCUCUCUACAGCCCAGCGGACCAUGGGUAUGAGGUUCCCGGCCCCUGGGUCCAGUUCCCGCCACCCCUCUGUGACCCCGGAGGAGGGAACAUCCUGGAGUGGCCUUGUUGCUCUGUGGUCCUUUGUCCACAGGCCAUCUCCAUCUUGCCAUGAAAGCAACAGCAGAGGAGGGAGACUCUUGACUCCUCCUUUUCUGGAGGAGAUGCUUUUGAGGGGUGGUCCCUGGUUUCUCCUCUCCAUGGCUGCAUUAUCAGGAAGGAGCUUUGUUUGCCAAAUAAAGAUUUGACUCAGAA